UGUCAGUCGGCUUGCGCGAGGCGAAGUCGGCGGUGUGCGUAUGUCCUGCGUUCGUGAACUAACUGCUGGUGCACCGAAAUGCUACCUUGACCGAUCAGUGUAGCUUGUCACCGUGCAUACGAGGUUGAUGCUGGACUAUAUUUGAGCUCUUUCUCGGGUACAAAACUUGAAAGGUCUCGCUGCUCAGAAACUUGACAGACUAGCCUGGUAGCUUGACUUGGAGACAGCCCUCCCUAAUGACGGACAUGGGGGUGGUAGUCUUCAUCCUAUUGGCGUUUGUACCGUUUGCCGUGUGCCAAAGCGGCGGCGUGUACACGAUUGUGGCGCCCCAGACACUGCGACCGAACCUUAAAUACCACGUGAGUGCUUCGCUGAGCCAGAGCCGGCUGCCUGUGGACAUGCUGGUUACUGUGUCGGGUCGCGCAGACAACGGCAACUUCAACGUUAUCAACAAGAGGGCCACGCUUCAGGACCGUGAGACUCAAGUCCUGAGUUUCGAGAUCGGUGACUGGGGCCCUGGAAAGUACAAAAUUACAGCUGAAGGCUCAGGAGGUCUGAACUUCCGAAAUGAAACUGACCUCACCUAUGAGCACAAGAGCUACUCUGUUUUCAUGCAAACAGACAAGGCUGUCUACAAACCAGGGCAGAAAGUCUUGUUUCGUGUGAUUGUGGUGGAUCCGUAUCUCCUACCAACCGUGACUGGUGCCAUGGAUGUAUUCAUUGCUGAUGCAAAGGGCAACAGAAUUCAUCAGUGGGACCGUGUAUUUACCCAGCGAGGCAUUUACUCAUCUGAGCUCCAACUUUCUGAUCAACCUGUUCUUGGAGACUGGACUAUUAAUGUGGAUGUACUGGGUCAGAAAUUCAAGAAGAGUUUCACGGUCGCUGAAUAUGUGCUGCCAACUUUCGAGGUUAAAGUGGGCCUUCCUGCAUAUGUCACUUACAACAAGUCGGAAGUUGUUGCGACAGUCACAGCUACGUACACAUAUGGCAAACCAGUGAAAGGUACUGUUACACUGACAGUCACUCCUCGCACCCGAUACCACCAACUGAAUCCAAGACCUUAUGAGCAGUAUCAGACAAAGACAUCAAUUGAUGGCAGUGUGGACAUACCUGUUGCUAUUGUACGGGACCUUUCCCUCAAGACAGACUUCUUUCUGCGAGAGAUUGAAUUCUUUGCCUUGGUGACCGAAGAGCUGACUGGACGCAAGUAUAAUGCAACAAGCUACAUCAUAGUCUAUGACAAGGAGAUAAAAGUCGAGCUUGUGAAAACUUCUGAAACCUUCAAGCCAGGCCUCAAGUAUACCUGCUUUCUCAAGGUUGCCUACCAGGAUGACACCCCUGUGAAUGAUGCAGUGAACCAACUGACUCUGCACUAUGGCUUCAAUUUCAAUGAAGAGCUCUGGCAGAGCAGUCAGCAUUGGGUGCCACAAAAUGGUGUCAUACGCUUGGAGUUCUUCCCACCAAAUGAAAACAGCACAGUGAUUUUGGGUCUGCGAGCCGAGUUUCGGGGUCAAACCUACUACUUGGAAGGCAUCUAUCCAGCCAAGUCUCCUAGUCGUAGUUUUCUUCAGGCUGUGAUGAUCACGGAGGAGCCUAAAGUGGGUGAUAUUGUUGAGUUUGAAGUGAACGCCACUGACACCCUCGACCAUAUUGUCUAUGAGGUAAUGGGGCGAGGAGACAUAGUGUAUGCGCAGACUCUUCCAGUGUCUGGUGUACGGAGCUACCGAUUCAGCUUUUCUGCCACUUUCCGCAUGGCUCCAAAGGCACGAGUGCUUGUCUACUAUGUCAGGAAGGAUGGUGAAGUUGUGGCUGAUGCUGUUAAUUAUGAUGUUGGAGGAAUUCUUCGGACACCUGUUCACGUGCAGACAAGCAUAGCUGAAACAAAGCCUGGUGGACAAGUGAAUGUAUUGGUAUCAACAAAACCUAAUGCCUACAUCGGUGUUCUUGGUGUUGACCAGAGUGUAUUGCUCCUUAAGAAGGGCAAUGACUUGAGCCAGGAACAGGUCAUAGAAGAACUGGAGUCAUUUGACAGUGGGAAGAAGGCAAAGUACUGGCCUCCAUGGUACAGACGGCGUAGGCGUUCCCUUUGGUGGCCAGGAUCAACAACUACACAUGAUCUUUUUAAGGAUGCAGGCAUGACUGUCCUUACAAAUGGCCUUGUGUACGAGUUUGAUGACGCCAUCUAUGCGAGGAAGCAAGUGAUUCGUCUAGACACAGAUGUCUUGACCAAUCCCGUCCUUCCACCGGCUGGGCUCCCCGAAGCACCCCCUCAGGUGCCUGGUCGCAUUAGGCUGCGUCAGCAGUACCCUGAAACUUGGCUUUGGACCAAUGCCACUGCCAGUCAUGAUGGUAGGGCUGUCAUCUCAAGUACUGUACCUGACACCAUUACAUCAUGGGUUAUCAGUGCAUUCGCGCUAGAUUCCCUCACUGGUCUUGGUAUUGCACCUUCCCAAGCAAAAGUGACCGUCUUCAGGCCAUUUUUUGUGACCGCUAGUUUGCCAUACUCUGUUCUUCGCGGAGAGAGUGUGGCAAUUCAGUGUGUAGUUUUCAAUUACAACAACAAGGAAGUUCAGGCGGAAGUCACAUUAGAGAAUCGACGUGGAGAGUUUAUCUUCAGUUCAUUGUCAAAUGAUGUCAGAGGAGAAGAAAAAGACAGGCGUUCUAAGACAGUAAGAGUGCCAGCUCAAGAUGGUGUACCUGUGUCUUUUCUAAUCACACCUCUUAAGCUAGGCUACAUUGACAUACGUGUGUCCGCUACUUCAAGUCUGGCGGGUGAUGCUAUAUUGAAGAAGCUUCUUGUCAAGCCUGAAGGCUCGAAACAGCACUUCAACAAAGCCAUCUUAAUUGACAGAAGGAAUCCUUCAGCUCCACCCACUGUUGCUAACAUCAGUAUUCCCAUUCCAAAGAAUGCAGUUCCUGGAUCGGAGAGGAUCACCAUUUCUGCAAUUGGUGACCUUCUUGGCCCAAGUGUGAACAAUUUGGACAAGCUGCUUGUAAUGCCACAUGGUUGUGGAGAGCAAAACAUGCUAGAUUUUGUGCCGAACAUUGUUGUUCUUGACUACCUAAGCAGAGCCAACCGUUUGUCAGAUGCUGUUCGAAGCAAAGCAAUACGCAACCUAGAAGAUGGUUAUCAACGAGAGCUGACAUACAAGCGUGAUGAUAAUUCCUUCAGUGCAUUUGGCAACACAGAUAGGAGUGGCAGCACAUGGUUGACAGCAUUUGUUCUCAAAAGCUUCGCUCAGGCUUCUCCAUACACUGUUAUUGAUCCCAAAGUACUCGAAAAUGCCACUGCUUGGCUCGUGGCACGUCAACAAGAAGAUGGGUCAUUUAACGAACCUGGAGAGAUCAUCUACAAACCAAUGCAGAGUGGUGCUGGGAGCGGAGCCGCAUUGACAGCCUAUGUCAUGAUUGCCCUCCUUGAAAACAAGGCGAAGCAGACACACCCUGGUGUAAUCCAAGCAGCAGAGGCCUACCUUCUGAAGGAGCUUCGGACAACCAAUGAUCCCUAUGUUGUGUCGUUAGUGACUUAUGCUUUGCAUCUCUCGGGUCACAGUUCCCAGGACAGUGCUUUCCAGAAGCUUCUUUCACUAUCAACGAGAGAAGAGGAUACCAUCUACUGGAAAGACCCAGCACUGGCUGUCAAUACUACGGAUAAGCAGUCUGAUUACUUCUUCAAGCCCAGCUUCAAAGAUGUCGAGAUGACCGCAUAUGCUUUGCUUACCCUAACCGAAAGGGGUGAUAUUGGCAAUGCCAUUCCUGUGAUGAGGUGGCUGGUUUCCAAGCAGAAUGAAAAUGGUGGCUACAGCUCUACACAGGAUACUGUUAUAGGCAUUCAAGCGUUGGCACGUGUCGCAGCCAGAGUUGUGUCCCAGACAAUUGCUAUAGAUGCCAGUGUGAAGUAUGGCGACGGACGAAGCCGCAUCUUGAAGAUUAACAGUGGCAAUGCUCUUGUACUGCAACGCCUCGAGCUGCCUUCUGACCUCAAGUACGUUGAGAUUGAAGCAACAGGAUUUGGAGUGGCAGUGUUGCAGGUCUCCUGGUCGUUCAACCUUGCAGUAUCUUCAGAAUCGCCCUCAUUCUUCUUAAAUCCUUUGCUGGACAAGACAUCUACUGAAAACUAUCUUCAGCUCAGUGUUUGUACCCACUACCAAGGAGAAGGGGAUGCCAGCAAUAUGGCUGUCAUGGAAGUGGCCCUGCCUUCAGGCUACCUUUUUGACUUUGACACCCUGAGUAGCAUCCACAGGACCAAGGAGGUGCGACGGGUUGAGAGCCAAGAUGCUGACACUAAUGUUGUCAUCUACUUUGACAGGAUUGGGAAGGAAGAGCUGUGUGUCACUGUACCAGCGCAUAGAGAACACAAAGUUGCCAACCAAAAGCCUGUCCCUGUCAAAGUCUACGACUACUACAAUUUGGCUCGCAGUGCUAGGAUGUUCUACAGUCCCCACAAAGCAACAUUGUGCGAUAUCUGCGAUGGUGUUGAGUGUGGAAAUGACUGCAAUGUUGUGAAGCAGACGAAGCUUGAUUCACAGCUGGAAAGAGAAUCUGAGCCAGAUGGAGCCAGUGGCAUCCAUGCAUCGCAUCUUUCGAUACUAGUGCUUGUCAGUAUCGCGGCAUUGUUUCAGAGGUAGUGGCAUGAAAAAUUUCUUAUGACUUGGCCAAUUUCUUGGUAUACAUAGUGCUGCAUCUCACAUUGUAGUGUUUUAUGUCUUGGUUUCGUCUCAAAAGCCUGCUCAGACUUAUUAGCUCGUUAUGGCAUCCAUACUAAGACAUCUGUCGUUUGAUUGUGUACUACUACCUAUUUUGUUAUUCAGCGCAUUUGGUGCAGUGUGAAACAUGUCAUUAUAUUGGUGUUCUUUGUGUUCCUGACAGUGACCUGCUUUUAUCUGAAUUUCAUGUUUAUCACUCUAGUGUGCAUGUUUUUCUCUUGUGCUAACAUUGUAUUUGCUGCUUUUUAAAAUGUCUCUGUAAAUGCGCUUAAGUGUGGAGCAUAUAGAUGAUGUUAUUUUUACUUCUGUAAUUAAGUACGUCUAUGAAGAUCUCCAGCUAAAAUUAGUUCUUUGUAGAUAGUACACAAUAGACAAGGGCAUAUGGCUAGCAUAAAUGUAUCGUGAAAAGUCUAGCAGUCCUUUUUAGUUUUCUUGGUCUCCAUUCCUCUUAUCUUUUGUAAAAGAGCAGGCCAGAAUCUGGUAAUCAUCUUAUCACUCCUGUGUAAACUAUCGUCCACCUAAAUCUGAAAUUCCUUUCAGCCCCCCUCUAGGAAAAUAUGCCAGUAAGUCUAUGCUGCUCUGCAUAUACAUAUUGUUACCCAUGCCAUUUCUCAUGUUUGGUAGCAGUUAGUGUUGGGUUUACAUGAGAAUAUGUGGUCCCGUAGCCAUGAAAAAAUUUUUAAUGCUUCGAUGAUUACAGUACCCCCUAAUGUGAAAUUUGAGUGCAGCAGCAUUGUGGCAUUGUCAGCACUUAGCUUCUGCUUAUGCAGUUUGUUUAACAGCUGAGUUUGUUCAACAGCAGAGGAAGCACUUCCAGCAGUAACAUCACUCAUUUUUAGGAAGAAACCAUGAGCACGGGUAUACAUGGUUCUUGCCUACUAAUGCUUGCAGCACAGGCAUUGUUGCACGUAAAUUCUAAGCAAGACCAGAAUGAGGUGAUGAAGGAGAGGCAAGUAGUAUCACUUUGGCUCAUGAUCAUGUCCAGUAUCACAUGAUUGUUUUAUGUGGCAGCCUUCCCGGAACGUAGCUGUCGAGCAGCAUCGACUGUGUUUUUUCCUCAUCUUUCUAGCAUUAAUCUGCAUUUUGCUUUAGUUGGCCACUGUGCAACUUUCUUGACUUCUUUGUAACGUAAUCUAUGCCGACAAGUGGCAUUUUGAUUCGUGAAAAAAAAAAAAGAAAGAACUCCUCAAUGGAAGGUGCAUCUCAUGUCUACAAAACCUAAUUUGGCAUGUGAAGUGUUUAGCAUUUUGACAGUCAGAAAUUUUCUGGUGUAUAGAAUGUGCUAUGUCAGUUUCAUGUGUUGUCCUAGAAAAAGCUCUUAUUCCAUCAUCAUAGAACCUUCCAUCAAAACCUUCAUAGAAAGUGUUCAUUUAUUUGUAUUGUACCUCUGGUACAAUGCAUUCAUAUGUUCGAUAUAUAGUCAAACCUCUAUUUAAUGAUAUCAUCAAUGUAAUGAAUUGUUUUCAUUUCCCAAUCUUAGUUGCAUUGAAAGCUGUAGUAUUUCUUUCUGUUUAGUUCUGUUUAAUGGUACUUUUGGCUGUCUGAAGCAUACAUGAAACUCUAGUUCUAGCAAACGUUGCGAAAAAUUCUAAAGUUGGGUGAGAUGGGAGUCCCCUUUACACAUUUUUUUGCAAGACACAUUCAAGCGCCAAAAAGUCUUGCAUGCUUUGCACAUUCAAACUGUGCACUCUGAAAACCAUUGCAGCAUCUGUCGUGGCCACAGGCUACGAGGUCUCCCACACAGUAGGGCACCAGAAGCUUACCAUUGCAUCUGGGAGUCACUCCUAUGAGCAGGUAUAAUAUGUAUCUCAGGUGUCAACAUUUAUAAUUAAACAAUUGGACACAAUAUCCUUGAAGUAAUUGUGUGUAUAGUUAGCUACUAGUGAAGUAUUGUCACCAGAAAUGAUAAGACUGUUGUGCUUUUUUGUACUCCUAAAGAAAAAGGCUUGAUCUAAUCAAAUUAACUAUAUAGUAGUCAACUUUUCCUUAGCAAGUAUGACUUCAUUAUACCGAGGUUUGACUGUAUUCACCUUCUGAAAGCUGAGUAUUUAACCCUGUGGGUAAGAUACUUGGCCUUUGAGCAUCAAGACCUAGGUACGAAAGCAACCACCGCCUAGAAUUUUUCUUUUAAAUUUAUUGUUUUGUACAUUUAUUUUCACUAUGCUGUGAAUUCGCUCUUUCAUUCUCUUUUUGUGAAUUGUUUGUUCAACUACUUACCAGGACAACUGGAAGCCACAAACAGGAUUUUAAGGGCUGUGCUCUAAGAUAGUACAGCCUUAUCCAGUUACCGUUUUUUUAUAGAUAUGAGCUACGACUUGAAUGACUUCUGAAAAAUCAUUAAACAUUUAUGUGUAGGAUUUGGCAUAUUGGCUUUCAUGCAAUUCCUUUGAAAUGACUGAAGGUACAUAUAUAUGUAUAUAUAUUUGCACCAUACCAGAAAUUAGAAUAUUGGGCACAGCAAUCUUUUUUGGCCACAAUAAUAAAACAUCAAAAAAUCUGAAUGGUGCUUCUAGGAAUGUGUGAAUUGAAUGUAAUUCAACUGUUGAAGCAGGUGUACCUACCAUUAUCAUCCUGCACGAGGUAGCUCGCUUGCACAUACAGUGUUUGAGACUUCCUUCAUUGUAUGCAUUUUGGCCAUUGGUUAAUCAAUCCAAAGCUCUUUGAUAUAUUGUUUUGUUCAAAUUUUUACAAGGAUAGAAUACUAAUGACUGCAUUAAGGAUACAAUGUUUUUCUGGGCCAUCCAGGUAUAUAGAUACAAGCACUGAGUACUAAACUUACCAGUUAUCUUUUGUAUGAUCUAUUAUAUGUGGGAAAAAUAUGUUGAUUCAGGGUAAUUGAAAUUAUUGGGCGAGAGAAUUAGUGAUACUUGCAAAUUAUUGUAUCCAUAUAGUGGGAGCAUAAUGACAAAUACAUAUUGUAACUAUAUUUCUUUUAUGUUGAUGCUGAUGGCAGGUGAUUCAUUUUAUGGUGUUUGGCCAUUACAAGAUGAAUAGAAAUUAUUUCAUCCUGGAAAUGAAGAGUAUAGUUGACAAGCAUAUAUUUGAAUAAUUGGAGUUCAACAUGUAAAAACCGUGAGAUGAUUACGAAAAAUACUGCAGUGGAGGGCUGUGAAAAUUUCUACCACCUGGCAUUCUUUAACCUGCACCUUAAUCUAAACACACGGGCCUCAAGAAUUUUUGCCUCCAUUCAAAAUAUAGGUGCCGCAGUCAGAAUCUUAAAUCUUCCCGAGAAGCCUGCUUCCCUGAGACAGAAACUGAAGCUAUGCUUGUCUUCGUUAUUCUUUUGUCCUACCAAAGCUUGGCGAUAUUGUCUUGUGCUUUAUUAUGAGCACUGUUAGGAUCAAGGAACUUUUAUUUAUAGUAUGCUUGUUUACUUUGAAUAUGAAGCACAAUUUCUGAAGUUUUUAGUAUCCUGAAAAACUAAGGUUAAGUCAGCAGCACUUUCACAACUCUAAAUUUUGCUGAGCGGAACAAGACAAAUUUAAGCAUUUUGCCAUUAAAACUGGUUCUCGCAUCCUUUUGAUUUCUGAGAAUUGCAAAAUUAUUGCCUAAAUAGUAAUUUGUAUGCGUAGAAUUUCACACAAGUGUUUUAUAGUGCAUGUUUUAGACCUGAAGAACCAUAUAACCUUUUUUGCAACAAAAAUCGACUUUGCCAAUAGGGGAACUUCAUAGUGAUGUAGCUAGAGCUACUGGGCACUGAAACACCAUUAGAAGAAUGUAUGUUCUCUAACAGCUUCAAUCAAGAUAUUUCCAUUCUUUUUGAUAGUGUGUACACUCUUGCAACAAUACCAUGUGUGUCAAUUUCAUCACUUGUAGUGAUCAUUCACCUAGUCAAGCAGUCAUCCUUUAUAUUGGGUUUCUAAUACUGCAUAUAAGAUGCAAAUACUAUCACACAGUAUGAUUUCAUUAAAACUUUCAACUAAAAACUCUUCGUGUAAGUGCAUGAACCCCAGGUGGUUUAAAUUAUCCAGAGCCCUCUUUAGCUUGAUGGUUUUGGACAUCAAACUCCAUGAACGAAGACCCCCCCAAAAAAAAUGUUGCUGCAUGCUAAAGUUCCUGACUAGCUGAACUAAAGUUGAUCCAAACAUCCCAGUCGACUUCCUUUCUUUUGUAUUGCAUGUGGGUUACACUUUGUAUAAGACGAUGUUGGCCAAUGGUAAUGUUCCCCAGCAAACCCAUUUAGCAAUAAAAUUGGUUGCUUUUAUAACUGAAAUUGUGAUAGGUGGGUUAGGUGUGUCAACAAUGAGCCUUUUCCUAGUCCAAACAGCACCACAAGUGCACAUCGCCGAAAUCAAAACUGGUGACUCUUGGACUCCCAAAUUGUCCGCUACAUGCCAGAAGGCGAUCUCGGAGGCCUGGGCUCAUGGCUCUUUUUGGGGCAAACAUUUGCAUGUUUGUGGUGCCAGAUGUCGCUUGGUCCACACGUGUCAUCACGUUUUGCCCACCAAAAAUCAAGGCCAGCGCACAUGUGCACGCAGACUACCUACUCAAAAAAGGCCCAUUGAGUGCAAGGACGUGGCUUGCAGGUAGUACAAUCCUGGGGGUUAAUGUAGUUACUGUUGUUAAUAUUGUAUCAGACUUAUGUCAUUAGCUUUUGCAUGAUCACUCCAAUUUCCUGCACCUACAUAGUGCACUCACAACUGUGAGAUGCUUAGUGGAGCAAUCCUAUUCAUUUAAGAUUCCAUUAGUUUGGAUCCUGCAACAUAAGUGAAACACAUGUGUUUAUGCUGUGCAUUGGGCAGCACAUUCACCAACGGUCGUGCUUUUAACGAAUUAACAGAAAAAGGAAAAAAAAGUGUUGUCUCUGGUUUGCUAUGAAAGUUGGAUGGUAUACAGGGUGUGUCAAUGCCCUCAUUUACUGCCACCUUCAAGUGAAUUGUCGGUCACCUAACCAUUUUAAAUUUUAUUUUUUAAAAGCUUUUAGCAAAAUGUAUAAAGGUUUUUGAGAAAGAGCAUAAUAGGAAUGCUCUGGCUGCUAGAAUGCUGGGUGCAGCAACAUUUACAUGCUGCAAAGCAUUGUCAUUUGUAUGCUAAACUUAUUACUUGUUUUAAUUAAUAUACUUUUAUAGUUUACAUUUCUCUUCUCUGUGGUAUUUUGCUUGAAUUAACAUUAGCUUUUUUUAUUUGAUUUGUAGAAAUGUGCUGACCACAGUUGGAAAAAAAUGUUGUUGUUUUUUUCAUUUUUUUAUGUCCUGAAAGCUGGAGUUUUGUUUGUGGUAAUAUGCAUGUGUGUUAUGCAGCAGUUUUUCGUCUACAGCUGGAUGCAAUGGUUUAUUCUAUAUAUGCUGGUACAUAUUUGAAAUGUUGCAUCUAGUUGUUUGACAAGUGUACAUAGUUUUUCUGCAGUGCAGUUUUUAACUGGAUAUAUGGUGUCUCUUUUGUAGUUGACUUCUACUGGAAGUCUGUACAUAACAUAUUUUUAUGUGGCUAUUCAAUCUGUUGUGCACAUAAAUUGCUAUGUUGUAGCAUUAGCUAUAAUACUGUGAUGCUAAACUCUGUUGCUGACUUGUUUAGUGAUCUUUCUGCAAUGCAGAUGAUCUGCAUGUAGAAAAAGUUUGCAGCUACUUGUGCCACAGAGAUUGUGAUCUUUUCUUCAUCUUUGUUCUUAUUGUUGUUUUACUGAAGCUCCUUUUAAGCAUUAACCAAGAAUCUUGGUUAGAAUCGGCUACAUCACUUCAAUUUUAUUGCCUUUCACAUAUAUAUUGUUCUCACCACCAUAUUUAUUUUUCUGUCAACAUGCCUAUGACUUCUGCAAAUCCUGUUGUAAAGUGCACAUGCCAAUGUAUGCACAUAUUUGUAAUAAACAUUGCAAUGCUUGACCACUCA